AGAAGAGGAAGAAGAAGCAACUGAGUCUCCCAGCAAUCAAACAGAAACCCACUCCAGCUCUACUUCUCCUUCUGGUGAGUGUCGGAUUGCAAACAGAGAAAUCAACUGCAAGGGCCUCGGCAUGACUCACCUGCCAAUCAUCCUUGACCCGGAAGCCACGAAGCUGGACAUGGCAGAUAACAAGAUCAAAAGUAUUGCCCCAAAAGAUUUCUCGGGCCUGCUCAACCUGGACACACUGGAUCUGAGCAAAAACAAUUUGGAUGAUGAAUCAUUCAGCCAAAACCCCCUGUCUAACUUGACCUUUCUGAAGAAAUUGAACCUAGACAACAACCUGCUCACCAGGGUGCCGGCCUUGCCCUCCUCUUUGGAGGAGCUAAAAAUCAACAAAAACAAGCUCAGUGCAGUCACACCGUACUGUUUCAGAGGCUUGAAUAGUCUUUUAAAUCUGGAGUUGGAGGAGAAUGGCCUCCAUGAGGGCAGUGUGUCACCUCAAGCCUUCAGACCACUACAGAAGCUUCUGGAGCUCCAGCUGGACAACAACCGCUUCCGAUCUCUCCCCGUGGGCCUCCCACCUUCCCUACAGGAGCUGGAGAUUAAUGAAAAUCUGAUUGAGGAGGUGACAGAACAAGCACUGAGAGGUUGUAUUCAUCUGCGAGUUCUGGACAUGAGUCAUAAUCUGCUGCAUCAGCAAGGCAUUGACCCCCAUGCCUGGAGACAUGCCCGCUCACUGGAAACCCUGGACUUGUCCCACAACCAGUUCACCUCUGUCCCCAUGAAUCUACCCCGGCCUCUCCGUAAACUAGACCUGCAACACAACAACAUCACUCAAAUCCCCGCCUUCACAUUCCGUCACCUGCGGCCUGGCCUACAGUCCCUCCAUCUUUCCCACAACGCUUUGAGCAACGAGGGUGUACAGCGAUAUUCUUUUGUGGGUUCAUACCGCUCACUUGGCGAGCUCUUCCUAGACAACAACAGUCUGAGGGAGGUCCCCCGCUGUGUGCGACAGUUUAAGAACCUGCAGCUGCUCAGACUCAACAACAACCUGAUCAGGCGGUUGAGGCAGUGGGGAGUAUGUCAUCCUCGCAAUCCUGGCACCACCUUGGCUUCAGUCCACAUGGAGAAUAACCUGCUGGAGGUGGACAAGAUUCCACAGAAUGUCUUCACCUGUCUUACUGAUGCCAAGGGACUUGUCCUCCAGCCACAGAAAGGACACACAAAUAACAAAUAGAUCACUCAGGGGGACACACAUGAAGUACAUAAACAUACAUGUACAUGCAAUUCAAUGCAUACAGAUAUAGUUACAUCACUUUUUUCUAUGUUCUACAUUUCCAGUUCUGUUGAUUUAUUAUGUAGCUUGUGUAGACAGAUCAAGCUGCAGUGUUCUUAUCUGAAGGCCUCUUUUUUCACAUCUUAUAUUUUAUUCAGACAAAGACUUUACUGUCUAAAAAUGUAUGAAAGU